UCUCUCUCUCUCUCUCUCUCUCUCUCUCUCUCUCUCUCCCGGGUUUGAGUGCGCCGCUGUUCUCCGGCCGUCUCAGUAGGAAACAUGGCGGCCGUCAGUAAGUACUUGACAGCGAAGAACUCCGCUGUAGCUGGCGGCAUCCUACUCGUUUUAUACUUCCUAAAGCAGAGACGAAGAUCCGCUGGACUGAACAGGAAGAAGGGUUCUUCAAAUGAUCUGAAGAGUGAGCAGAAAGAUGGCAAGAAAGAGAGAGCUGCUGUGGACAAGCUCUUUUUUAUCCGGAUCUCACGGAUCGUCAGGAUUAUGGUGCCGAGAUUCUUCUGCAAAGAGACAUGGUACCUGCUCCUGAUUGCAUUAAUGCUUGUGACUCGGACCUAUUGCGACGUCUGGAUGAUUCAGAACGGCACUAUGAUUGAAAGUGCGAUCAUUGGUCGGUCCACUGAAGGUUUCAAGAAGUACUUAUUCAACUUUAUCACGGCCAUGCCAGUUAUCGCCCUGGUGAACAACUUCCUGAAGUUGGGCCUGAAUGAACUGAAGCUGUGCUUUCGCGUGAGACUUACCAAACAUCUCUACGAUGAGUACCUUAAGGGAUAUACAUUCUACAAAAUGGGAAACCUGGAUAACCGCAUUGCUAAUGCAGAUCAGCUGCUGACACAGGAUGUGGAAAGGUUCUGUAACAGUGUGGUGGAUCUUUACUCCAACCUCAGCAAGCCCCUGUUGGAUAUCGUUUUAUACAUUUUCAAAUUGACAACAGCAAUCGGUGCUCAGGGUCCUGCAUCUAUGAUGGCCUACCUGCUGAUCUCCGGCCUCUUCCUGACCCGUCUACGUAGACCUAUCGGUAAGAUGACAGUGACCGAACAGAAGUACGAAGGAGAAUACCGAUACGUCAACUCUCGUCUCAUCACAAACAGUGAAGAGAUCGCCUUCUACAAUGGAAAUGUAAGGGAAAAACAGACAAUUCAUUCAACCUUCAGGAAACUGGUCGAUCAUCUGCACAAUUUCAUCAUCUUCCGUUUCUCCAUGGGAAUGGUGGAUAGCAUUAUUGCCAAGUAUUUCGCUACCGUUGUUGGGUAUUUAGUCGUCAGUCGUCCUUUCCUUGAUUUAUCUCAUCCUCGACAUCUGACCAGCUCACAUGCUGAACUGCUGGAGGACUACUACCAGAGCGGCCGUAUGCUGCUGCGUAUGUCACAGGCGUUGGGCAGAAUCGUCCUUGCAGGCAGAGAAAUGACGCGACUGUCAGGCUUCACCGCUCGCAUCACUGAGCUCAUGAAGGUCCUGAAAGAGCUGAAUUCUGGGAAAUACGAACGCACCAUGGUGUCUCAGUCAGAGAAGGAUGCUUCCGAAAAGCUCACACUGAUACCUGGAAGUGGAAGAAUCAUCAAUGUAGACAAUAUCAUCAAGUUUGAUCACACGCCCCUGGCUACACCUAAUGGAGACAUUCUGAUCAGAGAUCUGUGUUUUGAGGUGAAAUCCGGAACCAAUGUUUUGGUGUGUGGUCCCAACGGGUGCGGAAAGAGUUCACUUUUCCGUGUUCUUGGAGAGUUGUGGCCACUGUUUGGUGGGAGUUUGACGAAACCAGAGAGGGGGAAACUCUUCUACGUCCCUCAGAGGCCUUACAUGACCCUCGGCACACUGAGAGAUCAGGUGAUCUACCCAGACACCCAUGAGGACCAAAUGAAGAAAGGCAUCUCUGACCAGGUGCUGAAGGAAUACCUGGAUAAUGUCCAGUUAGGACACAUUUUGGAGAGAGAGGGGUCGUGGGACAUGGUUCAGGACUGGAUGGAUGUGCUCAGUGGAGGAGAGAAGCAGAGAAUGGCGAUGGCCAGGCUCUUCUACCACAAGCCCCAGUUUGCCAUCCUGGAUGAGUGCACCAGUGCCGUGAGCGUAGAUGUGGAGGAUUACAUCUACAGUCACUGCAGAAAGGUUGGCAUCACCCUGUUCACAGUCUCUCACAGAAAGUCCUUGUGGAAGCAUCAUGAGUACUACCUCCAUAUGGACGGCAGAGGAAACUAUGAAUUCAAACUCAUCACCCCUGAAACUGUGGAGUUCGGCUCUUAGAGGAAAAACAACAGCACUAUACUAUCAGCGGCCCUAGUGAGGGUCCGUAACUGUUCACUUCUUAAAGGGACAGUUCACCCAAAAAUUACAAUUCUGUCACAAUUUACUCUUUCUUCUGUU